GCGCGCCACCGGAGCUUGCUGCCACCCGUCUUCGGGCGCGCGGGCCACCUCGCCCCGGCGGCCCCCGAGUCGGCGCCGGGCAGCGCCCGGCCUCACCGCCGGGUGGCCCUGGCGGCGCCGGCCGGCUUCGACGACCUGCCCGGCCCGGCGCCGCCCGCGGGCCCCUGCCCGCCCGCGGCGCCGGGCAGCGCCAGGCGCUUCCGGCCAGCUGCGAGGGCGGGCCGGGCCGUUGCAGUGGAGGCCAGCCCGGGCGCGGCCGCCGAGCCGUGCUGGCCCGAGGAGGACAUCGGUGUGGGCUUCGGCGAGCCGCAGCCCUGGGACAUUGAGGUGGCGGCCCUGCUGGAGAGGCCCUC